ACGAUUUUAGUGUUUUUGGGAGGUCCCAGUUGCACCGUCGAACAAAUAAUGGAACAUUCAUGUGGCAUAGUAGAUGAGAAAGAACCGUCCAACAAGUCGAAGAAGAUAUCGAAAAUGUGCGUGAUGGCAUAUCGCACAUGCGUGAAUCUCAAUCACAAGAGGAAUCGCUUUACGCAGUCGAAGCCCUUCACUUACGACUCCUUUGGAACCCUGCCGCAUGCCGCCAUAUCAAUAUCACAUUCAGGGACUAAACAUUUUUCCAACACCGUCGCUGCAGCAUUUUCCGCAUUUGAUCCAGCCCUUAUUUCGGUAGCUGCUCAUCAGUAUGCUGCUGCAAUGACCAAUGGAAGUGGAAUUUUCUCGGUACCACAGUAUUCAAUAAAUCUGGCUGCAUUUGCCGCAGCUCACAGCAAACGUUCAAGUAUCGAAGAUCUAAGAAUGAAAGCAAAAAAACACUCUGAAUCGUUGGGGUUCGAAACUGAUAUGGUUCUUUAGUAAGCACCAUAUACAUAUGUAUAUACUUGGAAUAGAAAAUCUAUAAUACUUUUUGAGUAUCCAUUUUCAGACAACAUUAAUAAACAUAUUCAGGCAGGCUCCGGCUUUCACUUACUUUUGCGU